UCUGCAAUGAACAGAAAGGUGAUACAGGCGCUCGCUGAAACCAUCUCAAAACACGUGGAGCACUUCAAUAAAAAUGAGGCUGAGUGUCUCAUCCAAGAGUUUAACGUGCUUACGGGGAAGCCGACCAACUCAGGAAGAGCAGUGCAUGGUCUGGACAGAGGGAAGUUCAUAAGCGUGCUGCACAACACCUUUGGGCUGACUGAUGACAUGAUCACCGGUAGAGUCUUCAGGACAUUUGACAAAGACAAUGACGGCAUUGUCAGUGUGAAAGAGUGGAUCGAGGGACUGUCUGUUUUUCUUCGGGGGACCUUGGAGGAACAAAUAAAAUACUGCUUCACUGUGUAUGACUUGAAUGGUGACAACGCCAUCUCUAGAGAGGAGAUGUUUCACAUGCUGAAGAACAGCCUCAUCAGGCAGCCCAGUGAGGAGGACCCUGAUGAAGGAAUCAAAGACCUGGUGGAGAUCGUCCUGAAGAAGAUGGACUAUGAUCACGAUGGCAAAGCAUCUUUUGAAGAUUUUAAAAAGGCAGUAAAAGAUGAGAACCUAUUGCUUGAAGCUUUUGGAACCUGCCUCCCUGACUCCAGGACCAUUGAGAAGUUUGAGGGACGUGUAUUUCAGGAACAAAUGGAACAAUAAAGAAAUAUUUAUGUGCAUUCCCAGUCUUGACAUCUUUAAUAAUUAUCGCAAUGGCUGACAGCACUGUGAUGCAAAAUCUGUAAAAAUUAAUAAAGAAGCUGUUUGAACUGUCAUCUUUCAACAUCCUUUAAUAAAUCAGACAGCCAGCUUGAUCAAAUCCGACGGCGUGGUUUGAUCUUCUUCUCCACUGGUUUCAUCUCUGGACCUGAUGCCACCUAAGAAAGAACAUGAAACUG